AUGCAUCUCGGCCGGCACGUAACGACGACCCCGUCGAGUCCGUUCCAGUGUCCAGACGAUGAGGAAGCGUACCACCCGCACCCGAAGUGCUGCUACCUCUACUACCACUGCGAGGACGGCUACCAGGAACUACUCUCGUGCUACGGGGACACUAACUUCGACAUCGAAGAUAGACAUUGCAAGAAUCCUCUCUAUGUGGAAUGCCCUCCGCGCCUUCCCAGAGGCACCACCACGCCUCCACCAGGUUUCUUUCUUGCUCGUUUCUUCUACUACUACUACUACGACAACGACGGGGACGACGACNUCGAGUCCAAUGAAGACUUGGCAAAAUUGAGGAUAUCUCCUCGGACCCCUGUGAUUCACGGCCUCGCAUGCCAAAACGGCGAGACGUGGAGGACAGGUGACUCCUGCGACUUGUAUUGGGAAUGCCGGGGCGGGAGACCCCACAUUCGACAAUGCGACCCAGGACUCCAAUUCCAUCAGCUGCUCAAGCGAUGUUCUCCUCUCCAGGAUCUAUCCGGCUGUAUUCCCACCCGUUACGCUUUUGCAACCAAUAUUGCAUCAGAUCGAGAAGUAGAUGCAGACGAUCGGAUGCGUCUCGGCCGGCACGUAACGACGACCCCGUCGAGUCCGUUCCAGUGUCCAGACGAUGAGGAAGCGUACCACCCGCACCCGAAGUACUGCUACCUCUACUACCACUGCGAGGAAGGCUACCCGGAACUGCUCUCGUGCUACGGGGACACCAACUUCCACAUCGGAGAUAGACGUUGCAAGAAUCCUCUCUAUGUGGAAUGCCCUCCUCGCCUUCCCAGAGGCACCACCACGCCUCCACCAGGUUCCUUUCUCGCUCGUUACUUCUACAAUUACUACGACAACGACGGGAGCGACGACGGGGACGACGACAGCAACGACAACGACAACGACAGCCACAACCACGACGGCGACAACGACGACAGAGGAUCCGACCGUAACAACGACCACGGAGCAUCCUACAGAGACGACCACGGAGCAUCCCACAGAGACGACCAUAGAUCAUCCCACAAAGACGACUACGGAGCAUCCGUCCGAGUCAACGACCACGGACCCCAACUCGACCCCAACGAAAGACCCAAGCACGACAGAGGACCCCAUCGAAACAACAGCUCCCCCCAACUGCGAUCCAGACCCAUUUUCUUCUACUACUACUACUACGACAACGACGGGGACGACGACGGGGACGAAGACAGCAACGACAACGACAACGACAGCCACGACCACGACGGCGACAACGACGACAGAGGAUCCGACCGGAACAACGACGACAGGGGAUCCUACGGAGCAUCCCACAGAGACGACCACAGAGCAUCCCACAGAGACGACCACAGAGCACCCCACAGAGACGACCACAGAUCAUCCCACAGAGACGACUACGGAGCAUCCCACAGAGACAACCACGGAGCACCCGUCCGAGUCAACGACCACGGACCCCAACUCGACCCCGACGAAAGACCCAAGCACGACAGAGGACCCCAUCGAAACAACAGCUCCCCCCAACUGCGAUCCAGACCCAUGUUCCUGCCCAGCCUCAUCCGUCGGAAGGAGGAUCCCUCACCCCUGCUGCUGCAACGCCUAUUACGUCUGCCCCGACCUCUCCAAGAGCAUAAACUGGAACGCAAACGAAAGCGGGUGAGGAUCAUCUGUGACGUCAUCCCGCUCAAGCGGCGAAUCGUCCCUUUGAAUAUCAAUCAGACGCGAUCUUAA